GAUGCAUAUACAUCUAUGUAAAAAAAAAAAGAAGUUGGAAACACCAGACAAAGCCAAGCUAUUUUGCACACACUAAGAUAGAUGAGGGCAUUGCAUAGGCAGCUUAACAUAGACAACUAAAUCAAGAACUAUCCCGGUGUAUGGUGAUUUCAUUAUCUGGAACCAAUUUGCCAAAGUAACAGUUAUAUCACAGGUGGCUCUUGUUAGAAGGCUGCUGUUACUGUUAUUUGUUGUUGCUGCUGCGGAAGUACAAUGUACACUAAGCCCACAAAGAAGGGUUGUUUUUAUCAUCAUGGGAGGUUGACCAAUAUAAGGCUUCUAAAUCAAGGACUCUCUGGAGAAAGAUAGUUUGCAAACUCAAGCCAAUUUGCCAUAAAAAUUGAGUUAUUGUUGGAGCUGAAUCCAGUAAGUAUUCUUUUGUCAUGGCGGGGAGGCAGGUGAACAAUUACGGAAUGGAGAACAUCUAGUAAUACAACUGACUGCGGAUGCUUUUAACUACAGUUUUUAGACUGGAAAACACCUGAGAUGACAUCUGUGAGAUUUUCCGAAUGUAUUUUUACAUUUAUAGGGAGACCAUAGUCUUUAUUGUGACAAGAUAUAUGAGAGCGUUGCCCUUAGCAGUUACAGCAUCGUCCCAGUUGACUGGUUAGCAGACAUAAAUUUUAGCUAUGACAGUAGAUGAAAUUCACUUAAAGUAGAGAUACAGUUCCGAGUCUCUGCAAGAUAUAAUGCAAUAAUGGAAAAGCAAUGAAGGCCCAGUUUGCUUCCUGGAAACAGUAACGAUGUUAUCCAAGUUUGCAUUUUGUUUCACGUAAACUGAUUUAGUUCAAUGAGUUGCAAGUGCUAUUGGAACUCGAUUAACUAGAAAAUGGACUCUGUGUCAGAAACUGUAUAUAAUCCUAUAAAUGCAUAAAUAUUAGUAAUAGCUGGCACUAUAAUGAAUGGGAGACUGGGAGACUACACGGGUAUGAAUUAUGGUGCAAAUUGUUGUGUAAGAAGCAAUUUGUUUUGUAAUAUGUCUGCUGAAAUAAUCCUGUUAAGUGUCGAGAUUGGGUUUCUGAAUUACCGUCUGAAAGACAUACAUUGUACAUGUUCACUUAGUUUACUAUCACGCACACAUCAGGGACGACUUGUUUGUUGAUAUACCAGUAUAAUUUUUUUUUGCCAGUCAAUUAAGCUGGAUGACAGAAACUGAGCUCUUUUCACAGCAAAAAAAGAACUAUAUAAUACAGAUCAAUUUUCUUAGUAUAAAAAGUGAGGCAGUUUUGAAAUUGCAGUUCUGAAAUUUUUUGCUUACAUGAAGAUGAAGGACAAUACAAAUUAAAUUUGCUCUACAUAUCUGUUUUAAUAGGAAUACGUGCAGUUAAUGAAAUUAUUUCCGAAUCAUGUGGAAGGAAGUGCCUUAGAGAACCUGACCUGAUCUUUUUUCUCUAAAGAGCAAGACAGUCUAAGUUGUUUUUUCAAAGCCAGUGGAAUAAAGAACUGCAAAGCCAAAGUGAUGAAGUGCUCAAAAAGAUAAAUAGGACUGGUAACAUGAUAGAGAAAAUAAUUUAUCUAAGUGCUCGUGAAGCUGAGUAUUUAUUUUGGUCUUGGCACAGGGGAUUUUAACUGUUGGCAGUCUUAGUUUCAUCUAUAACCAGGAGAAUGGCUAAAGUGACGAAGAACGCGUGUCUUUUUACGAUUCGGCUGGAAAAGAGGACGCAAUAGAAGGACUAUGUAACAAGAUAUACUAGACAAAUGACUUGUUUAUCUUUUCAUCAAAUGGAAGGAGGAAGUUUUUCACUGUUGUUAACAUUUUACUUUUGUGACUAUUGGUGAAAACGGGAUGUAGCCAAGAUAUUAUAGAUGUUUGCUGAGAUAUUUACUUGUAACUCAUAUCUCUUGUCAAAAAUGGAGAAAGAAAAGAAAAAUUGAUUGAUUUCAGGAAUGAGAAACUUCAGGCGGAUACUUUUAAGCUCUUCACUGGAAUAUAUUUCAUGCAUUCCUCUUUUAAUUAAAAAAGGAGGAAAAUAAGAAAUUGGACGGUUUGACUGGUUUCUUUGUCCCAAAAAUGGGCACAACACUAUAAAUGUUCCUGAGAGGCAUUUGAUAAAAAAAUGAGAGACAGAUGAUUUGAUAUCUUUUGGUACAAUGAAAGGAAAGAAAGAGACAGAAAAUCAGAACGGAACUUAGAGAAACUUUUUCACGAUAGCAUGCUGUUUUCACCAUUGGCAGUCCUAUGUAAGUCCUGCCACAAGCCCAAGCAGUGCAUAACUCCCAUUUCAGCAGGGCAUAAAUCCCAUUUAAUGCCCAAUCAACAGAAGAGCAAAACCAAGCUGUGGAGCCCCCUGGCGGUCAUAAAAGGGGGCAGCACUAGUGCUUUGCCUAACAGAGAGCAUGUUUGGCAAGUGACGGUCAAGCCGCGUGGUCUGGGCAGUAGCAAGAACCUGGUGGGGACGUACAGGUUAUGUCUGACCAGCUCCUCUCUCAGUCUGGUCAAGCUGAACCACGAGAAACCGGAGAUAACAUUUCAGCUGGCAGCGAUACGAAGAUGCGGUCACUCGGACUGUUUCUUCUUCAUGGAGGUGGGGAGGUCGUCAGCAACGGGGGCUGGAGAGCUCUGGAUGCAGGUUGAGGAUACUAUCAUUGCACAGAACAUGCAUGAAGCCAUACUGAGCUCCAUGAAGUCAAUGAGCAGCGGUCAAGAAGCCGGUCAGCAGAUUCGUCCCAGGACGUCCAGCACCCUAUCGGACAAGACGCGUCCGGCCAGUGCUGUCCACCGCAGUCGGGAUGACCACGGCCCACACCGGUCACGCACAAGUAGCGAGGGACACAAGAGAUCCCGCCAUUCUCCAACUGUGAUGAGAAAAGAUCGUAACCUCCUUACCACUCAUGCGGGCAGCCACUCCAGUGUUUCCUCUGGACACUCGCCCAUGACAGGAAGUCCGCUCAGUGCAACCAUACUGAACGAGAGCCUGAACCCCAGCGGGUUUAGAGGGCGCUCUGAUAGCACGGACUCUCGCGGCACAAGUAGCAGUAUCUCUGACGAGUGUGAUGGUCACUCGGGCAUGCGGUCCACAACCCCUGACCAGUCUCAGACCGACUCUCAGUCCGAUUACCUGUCCAUGACGCCCAACACUAUGAUGGGCGCCAGUCCUGUGGGUAGUUUAGACAGUAACAAAAAUCUAGAAUACAUGGAGAUGGAUCUGACGUCCAAGUUCUCCUCUCCUCAUACCCCUCAUCACCAUCACCAUCACCACCAUCAUCACCAUCCACCGGAGGGGCUCACCUUACACGAUAUCAAUGCUUCUUCAUCUAAAGGUGCACCUUCAGAAUCAUCCUAUAUGUCAAUGACACCUACGAGCAGUUUGUCAUCAUCACCGCGGUUUGGGACACCUAGUAUAUUAUCUGAUGACAGUAGUUAUCUGGAUAUGGCACCUCUGGGGCAGGGGUUACCCCCUCUACAGGAGAAAGCAACGCCGGAUGGUUACAUGGACAUGGCGCCAACACAUACCUCUGGGUCGCGCUCCGUUCUACGCCCAGCAAAAAGUUUUCUCCACGAAGCUCCAGAAUUUCCACAGCGAGCUUACUCAGUGGGGAGUCGGCCUGGGAAAAGUCUGAGCACACAAAUACAGCAGCCAUACAUGGAAAUGGUGGCCAGUCAGGGCGCGUUGAACAAUAGCAAAAGCAGCAGUGCCCCCCACCUGGAGAACGAGAACAUAAAUGCUAAUGUUAAAUCGACAAAAGGGCACACUCGAUAUGCCAGUCCUUCUCCAUCUGGAGCAAGAGAAGGAGGCGGAGGGAUGCAGCCCAUGAAGGCUUUCCCUCCGCAACAGACUGAUUUAUUUAUGGAGAUGGAUUUCGCCAGACCUAGAACGGCCAGUGAUAGUUUUAAUUAUCAGCACUGUAGGCCGCGGACGUCCAGCUGGAGUAAAGCUAUGCGUCCACGUUCGGCCAGUCACAGCCAAGGGAGUAAAAUAAAUGGCCGUAAGCUGUUAUCUAGAGAUGCUGCUCCAUCCCAAGAACUCAUUAAGCAAAUUUCCCAAGAUUCUUUGCGACGCUCUUACGACUCCAUUAGCAAAUUGGGCUCCACGCCAGAACAACAUGAGGCGUACAUGGAAAUGAGCCCGCAAUCCUCAUCAAAAAGGUCGCCGGCUACAAAGCCUGUGUCCAUGCGUGUAACGCCGGUUAUUAAGACAACUCUUAUAGCUCCGGAUUACAUGAUGAUGAACCCUGUUAUAAAAGAAUCCAAGACAGAACCGGAUGAGAGCGAAAGUGACAAUAACGAUAGUGUCUCAGACUCAAAAUUAAACGGAAGCCGAUCCUCAUCAUCUUCUUCCUCCAUCACAGAACAAAGGCGACAAAGUUCCCCAGACGUGAUCAGGCAAUCGGCCAAUCAGAGUCCAGGAGCAUCUAAAGUGCAGGCUCCUUUUGACCCUGUGACUUACGUCAAUUUGGAUUAUUCCAAGAAACCAGUGAAAGAACCCGCGGUGCCCCCUGGCGAUGAUUCAUAUUUAAUGCUUUCGCCAGGAACGGAGGACACGUCACAGGCAGCGAUAGACAGUGGGAGUCUAUCGCCACAGAGGGUGGUCAGCCAUAUCAGAGUCUCCUCUUCACCAGCUUCAACCACAGCGAUGCAGGAGGCGGCUGGAAAUCAUGGCAGUGCUGCAGCGUCAACGUCCGUUGUGAAGAAACCUCCUUUGCCAGAUACCCCAAAGAUUCUCAGUAGCCCUGGAGAGAGUGGGACAGUGAAAGCACCCAAGCCGACCACACCCGCACCCUUCCCAACCUCUCCCCCUGUUCCGACCUCCCCAGCUCCCUCUCACCCCCUUUCCACACCCCCUCCUUUCCCCAUGUCACCCCCUUUCUCAGUACCAUCCCCUGCCAGGAUUUCCCCAACUACCCCACCCCAGCCCACCACCCCAACUGCCCCUGUACUUGCCAAGCCCACCCCACCCCUUCCCAUCAGCCCCUCCUCCAAGGGAGAGUCUUCGCCUCAGUCGCCAUCAGCCCAAACACAAGAUUAUGCAAACAUCGAUGUCGGUGUGACGCGGGUUGUGAAGCCAGUACCCACUUUUGGCAGUGUGCAGUCAGUAACCAGUGAUGGUAGCACAUCGCAAGUUGAAAAACCAGCCCUGCCGAGUAAAAAUAAAGUGGGCAGAUCAAAGCAGCAGCGAGCGGAGAAAAGCAAAUCCAUGGGGGAUUGUCAGGAAAGGCCAGAAAGCGUAAAUGUGAACACAGCAAAUUCCAAGAAGUGUCCGCCUCCGCCAGUAUCAGCGUCUGCUUCCAAAGUUUCCAGUAAACCGCCAUCUUUACCUCCGCUGCCGCCAUUGGGCCAGAGACACAGCAUGUCAGACUUUGGUGCUAAUAACAACGGGAUGGGCGAAUCUGGCCCAGGGAAAGUUCCGCCAUCAGCACAAGACGAACCUCAGUUGAACUAUGCCUCAUUAGACUUAGGAUCCUCUGAAGAUAUCGAAUUGACGCAAGCUCCGAAAUCACCACGGAUUAUCACUUCUCGUCACAACAGUGGGGAAGACGGCGAGAAAAAGCCCACCUAUGCUGAGAUUGACUUUGAGAAAUCGGAAAGUUUUAAGCAGGCUCGUCAACAGAGUGGGCGUAAGCCGCCGUUUGACUUAUGAUGUGUGGGAGUUGAAACAUGAUGAAAUAUUUGAUGUAUACUUUUCUUCUCUAAAAAAAUGCAAUGGUGUAUGAUUUCUUUAAUUGAAGCUGUAAAUUUGUAAAUGAGCGAGGAAUGUGUUUGAUGUUCAGUAUGUUUGUAACUUUAUACUGGUAUUGGUACAAUUUAUCACCUUUGUGACUGUGCUGCCAUCUGUUAGAACUGAAGAAAAACUAGGCACAGGUUAUGUACACUUUCAGACUUUCAUUUUCAACCGUGCUGCCAUCUACAAUGUAUUAGAAUUCUUUGCCAAUUGGCCAAUCAAAUAUAAGGUACCCUCUGUAGCCCAUCUGCUAAAUGUUAGCCAAUGUUUUAACUUAUGCUGAUACAUGUAUCCCAUUACAAAACCAGAUGCUGUAUUGCAUACAAUGCACUAAAUCUUAAAGUCACGAUGAAGUCAAGAAUGUGUAAAAGACUUUACACAUAAGGGACAAAAAUGUCCCAUGGGAGUUCUGCUGUUGUAAAUUAUGUAAUAGAUUCAUUGGAAAAAAUUUAAUUCUUUUAGUGUGUCUUUUUCAGCUAAUUUCAGGUGUAACUUUAUAAAUAAGUUGCCAAAACGGGUUUACUGAUUUAAGGGUUCUCAUUGUUGAGAUGUAAUUAGCAAAAUGAAGGCCUUUUUUGAAUUUCUGUUUUCGUUUUCUUAGUUUUUAAGAACUAAGGAGUGUCAGUAUUUUCUGAGGUUUGGUCUGUGAUUUCCAAAUAUAUGAAAAUGCAGAGUAACUUUUUUUUUUUCGUUACAAAAGGGCCUUCUUGAUUUGAGUAUUAACUCCCUCAACUUGAUUGGCCAAAUGGAGUUGUGCCAGUAGAUAAACCCUGUGCCAUUGCUUUUGAUUGGAUGAUCUAUUAUCAUAUGAUUAUCAUGUGACUACCAUGUUGUUACCAUGUGAUUAAAACAACACUGCUUUCUUGGCUGCUGUAUACUAUGGGUCAAUGUUUCUUUUCGUGCUGUGCAUGUACCUUAAAAUUCCAUGGAUUUAAUGUACAUCAUUUAAAAGCAGGUAUCGCACUGUUGAUUGGUGUGACAACGUAGUUCUUGACUCUUCAGUUCUUUCAAAACUACCUUUUUUUCUCAGAGCUUUCAUUGAUUACCUAUUACAUGAUCACUCAGAGAAAUGAUGUUGUUAUGCCGUAAUUGAUGUACAUUUUAUGGCGGGAAAUGACAAAGUGCUGCCCCCUGUUUGUAGAUGAUGAAGUUAUAUAUGGCCUCGUUCAGAACAGGGGCCUAACAGAUCCAAAUAUGGCCAGCCCACUUAAAUGCUGGUUGCGUAAUCCCCACAGGAAAUC